AUGAGUGAAAGUUCUCAUUUGUCGACAUCUGAAAGGAUUGAAAUUGUAAAAUGGUAUGCUAUGUACCAGAAUGGAGGGGAAGUUGCUCGUCAGUUUCAACAAUGUUAUGAUCGAACUCCUGCAACACGAAAGAAUAUUUUGAAUCGCGUACGAAAAUUUGAUGAAACCGGAAGUGUUGAAGAUGAACCCAGAUCUGUCAGUACCGAUGAAAAUAAAGAACGUCUUCGUGCAGCUUUUGAAGAAAGUCCUGCAACAUCAUUAAGAAGAGCUUCAUUGGAUUUAAAUUUAACAAAUAUGGCAAGUUCCCAAACAAAGCCAAUUUUGUAUUCCUAUUAUCGCAGUUCAUGCGCGUAUCGGGUUCGAAUUGCAUUGAAUUUGAAAAAUAUUCCCUAUAUAAUUCAUCCAGUUAAUCUUGCCAAAGGUGAAUCAUUGACGGAUGAACAUAAAAAGCUCAAUCCAAAAUGUGAAGUACCAGUACUUAUUAUUGAUGGAAAAAAACUUCUACAAUCAAUUCCUAUCAUUGAAUAUAUUGAUGAAACACAUCAGUUUAAACCUCGACUUUUGCCAGAAGAUCCUUAUCGACGUUAUCAGGCUCGUUUGAUUGCUGAAAUUAUUGCAUCUGGUAUUCAGCCAUUACAAAAUCUAACCGUUCUUAAACGUGUUGGAGAAGAAAAAAAAACUGAAUGGGCACAUGAUUUUAUUAAAGUAGGACUCAAUGCGGUAGAAAAAUCUCUUGAAGAAUCAGCAGGAAAAUAUUGUGUAGGUGAUGAACUUUCAAUAGCUGAUUGUUGUCUUGUACCUCAACUUUAUAAUGCACGACGAUUUAAUGUUGAUUUAACUGCAUAUCCUACAAUGACAGCCAUUGAAGCAAAAUUAAAUUUACUUCCUGCAUUCAAAGAAGCACAUCCAAAUCGUCAACCUGAUUAUCCUGAAGAAUAA